UCCUGCGAUUGGCCAGACUCCCUGUCCUACAAGACAGAUUCCCGUUCAGUGCGUACAUAACGACGAGGCUCGAUUAGCCAAUCACAGGCAGCGAGGCGGGACUUGUCGUGAUACGGGUGGGGAAAAAAAAGUCAGCGCAGCCAGCUAAGGCUAAAGUGGCCUUUUCUGGAAAAAUCCAGGAGUGGACUCGAGCUGUGCGGUUCCCCCGGGUGUCAACUCGGGUUCCUGGGGUUUGAAAAAUGAUCCGGACGGGGAGGGUGGAGCUGCUGGGCGAGCUGGAGCUGCACUGAGACGGAAUAUGUUUAGAAAGAAGCUCGUAAAAUGAGCCGCGAUUGCUAAGUUUACUCGGCGAGUUUAGCUAGCUCGGGGAAGCUAGCUAACGUUUAGAAGAGUUUAGCGGUUCUGAUAAACCCGAUCCGGAUCCCAAUGGAGUGGACUUAUCGGGAUCUCGCUCCGAAUCUCAGAAGUCAUGCUGGGAAACAGUCAGGCCUCGGGGUCGGGCCGAAGUUCGGUUCGGGCUCGGAGAAGCAGCCGGAGGACUGGUGCGACAGCGGCCUGGACUCGCUCAUCAGCACCGAGUUCAUCAGCAUCGACGCCCCGGAGGAGCCGGUCCGGAUCCAGGUCCGGACCGCCGAACCGCCGGAGCCCACGGACCCCUGGGGCUCGGUCCACUGCGCUGGAGCUCUGGAUGGGACCGAGACUGAGAGGCUGGACUCCGCCAUCGGGGACUCGAUCAACGACGAGACGGUAAGGAGUCUGUCUGAGCGCAUCGGUACCGUGAUCCUGAGCGAACCGAACCCGGCAACGACUCACCAGCCCGGACCGGAGACGCAGGACCGGCGGCGAGAGGAGAUCUUCAACACGCUCAGCUUCAUAUCAGAGGACGGAGACACGGCGCUGCACCUGUCGCUCAUCCACGAGCAGUGGGAGUUUUUCCAUCAGCUGCUGGAGCUCGUCACACUGAACCCCACCUGGACACCGUACCUGGACAUCCAGAACGACCUGGGACAGACGGCGCUGCACAUGGCGGUGAUCUUGGGACGCAGCGAGUGUGUGUGCGCGCUGCUAAAAGCCGGGGCGAGUGUGGAGCUGCAGGAGAGAGGAGGCAACACUGCGGUGCACCUGGCCGUAAGUGAGCUGCACGCAGAGUGUGUGAGGGAGCUGACGGGCUCGAGACGCACUCUGCCUCAACACCUCGACAUCUACAACUACGCAGGACUCAGCGCCCUGCACAUGGCCAUACAGAAGGGGAGGUGUGACAUUAUCAGCACGCUGCUGGAGGCUGGAGCCGACGUCAACCAGACGGAUCAGGGUGCGGGUCGUUCGCCGCUGCACUGGGCCGUGGAGCGCCAGAGCUGCCCCGCGCUGGAGCUGCUGCUUCGGAGCGGCGCCAACGUGGAUCAGCGCUCUUACUCCGGACACACACCGCUCUACUGCGCCCUCUACAGGCCAGACCCACGUCUGCGCGAACUGCUCCGGCGUGCAGGAGCAUCCGACGCUCAUGACGAGGAGGAGGACGAGGACGUGGACAACGGGGAGGGGGAAGAGGACCGAGAGAGCGACGAGGAGGAGUUCGAUGAUGUCAUCAUCAAUGGAAAACGGGUGCUGUAGCUAUCGAGACGCACAUGCCUGGGCUGACUUGUGUAUGUGUGUGUGAGAUUAGCGGUACAGGUUUGACCUCGCUACGCUGUACAGUUUAAUGCUUACUGUCCAGGACUGCACGCGGAGUCCCUCUUAAUCCUCAGCAGCGUCUGUUUUACGCUUUUAUUUGCUUUAUUUUUAAGCUAAAGAUGAAGCAGUGGCAGCUCUUAGUGUCUUCCUUCUCUCUCUCUCUCUCUCUCUCUCUCUCUGACCUUCCUAGCCUUGCAGUUCAGCUCAAACGCUGCUCGAAAUCAGUUUCUUAGACUGAAACCAAAGCAAAAAAAAAAAAAAUUAUGGGUGUUUUGAGAUCAAAAACAAAACCCAACAAAAAUUUAUUAUUUUUAUCAUCAUUAUUACUCUUAUUAACAUUUUGUUCUGUUGCAUGAAAGAAAAAAGAAAAAAUAUAAAAACACUAAAACUACUGAUUGCUUUCUAAAUACAAACCGUGAUGUUAAUUUUAAACAUUUAAUGAUAUAUUUUUUGUUUUUAAAAGCAUUAAUAAGUUUAAGUAGUUUAAAAAAACAAACGUUUAUUUUUGGCGCUGAUUUUCAUAGUUAAUUUUUACAUUUUUGAACUGUUUGUGUUUUAUGGGUGGAAAGAGAUUAAUCUUCAUUUUUUUUUUUUUUUUAAACGGUGACUUUUAUGAUUGAAGAAUUUGUCUUUAAGAAAAUACAAGUUCUGGUUUUAAAGACCUGUGUGUGUGAAGCUCAUGCUUCAUGGUGAUGGGGGAAAACAUCCUUAAGUGAAAGCUUUUCAGGCAUUUAAUAAUUUUUUUUUUCUAAUUAUUUCAGUCUGUGAUAACAUUUAAUAAUAAUAAUUUCUUUAAAAAAAGAAAGUGGAUGAGAAAAGAUUAAAGCACAUUUCUCAGUCAAAUUUGAGCUUGAUAUCCAUCAAACCUGCUUCUCACUUCUUCUCUUUUCUUUUAAACAGAUAGCAGUGUGUCAGAAGUUACAGUGUGAGGUGUGUGUGUGUGUUGUGUAUAAACCCUUUCCCGCGUAGCUGCAGUACACAAAAUAUUAGAUUUCGUGUAAUUAAACAAGAUAAGUAUUUUCUUUUAUUUUUGUCUUCUGUAUUAAUUUCUCCUGGACUUUCUGUUUAAGUGAUAAGUGGGAAAACGUGCAGAUUCCCCAGCUGUAGGUCUGGAGUUAAGAUUCCAUCUCUUGAUGUCGAACGAGUCAGUAAUUAUUCACUCGAUAGAGAGCGCUCGCUAGUUUCGCGACAGUAGCAGUCUACGCCAAAGUAGUAACGUUUAAGCUUAAGCUUUACCCGUGUAUAGAUGACGCCUUAAGAUAAAUGACGCAAGAGGAUAUUCUAAGCCGUGGAAUGAAUAUAUAUAAUGAUAUUUAUAGCGUUUCUGUUGCAGCUUCGGAGGUGUGCGUGUUGAAUUUAUAAAGUAUAUUUGAUUUAUAUAAGUUUUUUUUUUUAGAUAGGUGUAUUAUUUCUGGUGGGGAAGAAUAAUAAAAGUAGAAAAAAAGUACAAUAAAAAUUGAUGUUUGUGAUUUUUUUUUUUUUUUUUUCUUUAGAGAUAGAAAUAGUUUGAGGUGGUUAUUUUCACGAGUUGUUCGUCCAUAGAUGAAUAAACAUGGUAUCAAUUUCAACAAUUUUUUUUUCUUUCGUAACCCAUAAUUGUGCCAGUUCCCGGAAAACUCUAAAUAAGCUGUAGUUGGAUUUUUUGCGCUGUAGCACAAAUAUUAAUAUUUAAGAUUAAAAACCGACAAAACACGUGCAAGGCACUAAAUACAUUUUUUUUUGUUGUCAAACUGCAAAUUUUUAAUGUAGGUUUGAUACAGAUUGAGAUCGGAGAUUAUGCUAAAAAAUACACAUUUUAAGAUGGGGCGUGCGUAUGAUUGAUGGAUGGAACAGAGGAUGAACUGUAUGGAAAAGCAGAUGGAAAACCUGUAUGUCAAUAUGAAAGAAGGAUGAUUUGAUAACCAAAAUAAACAAUACAAACUAGCCUUGAGAUUCUGAAUACCUAGACAGCACUUCCGCACAAAAUUCUGAGAUUAUUGGAAUAUAUGCAAAGUUGGUACAUUUAAACGUAUCUUAUUCUGUUAACACGUGCACAUAAGUGAUUUAAAAUCAGCCCCGUGUUUUUUUGUUUGUUUUAAUUUCUUUUUUUUUAAAUUAUUAUUAUUUGUUGGAUUUGUUACUCGGGUUUUCCCUUGUAUGUUAUAAUGGGUGAUGGUUGAAGAUUAUAUUGUUUAAUAAUUUCGUUGGGAAAUAAAAAACGAUCACAAAGCAAAAA